AUGGAUUGUGUUAUUACAAGUGGAUGGUUACAAAAAUGGUCAUCAAAAGUUUUAUCAGAAAGUGAAAGAUCAAUUUUGGAUAGAUCAUGUUCCGGUACUUAUCAUUCAUCAAUGGCAACACAUGGAGAAGGUUCUUUAAAAGCAAGAUGGUUUAUAUUACAAAAUGAUUUUUUAAAUUAUUAUGAUAGGCCACCUAAAAAAAUUCAAGAUUAUACAUGCUUAAAAGGUCAAAUUUAUUUAAGAGGAUGUAAAUUAAAACAUGGAGGAUUAAUAACACCAAUAUAUCAACAUUGGUCAAUUGGAGUUGCACCAAAUACAUCAGGUAGUAAUCAAGUUUGGAAAUCAAUAGUUGAUCAACAUCAAGUGAAUGGACAAAUGACAAUAUCAUUGGUUACACCAAAUGGUGUGGAAUAUUCAUUCACCAAUAUGGGAGGAUUGACAAAUGAAGAUACAAUUAAAAAUUUAGAGAAUUGGGCAUACUCAAUUUCUUAUGCAAUCUUUUUAUCAAAUAAAACUAAAGAUGAACCAAUGUGUGGUUGGUUAAAUAAACGUGGUGAGAAAGGUCAUCAAUUUAAAAAUACAAAACGUCGUUGGUGUACACUUCAAGGUACAAAGUUACGUUAUUUCUCUUCAAUUCCAAAACAUAAUAAAAUCGGUUCACUUAAAGGUAUAAUAGAUUUAACUCAUCUUUCAGAGAUUGCUGAUAAAGUAUUAACAGAAGUACGUUCUAAAAAUGGUACAUUGGUUAGUAAUGGUAAUCAAGAUUGGAAUGCUCAAAAACCAUUAACCAAUGGUAUAGGUAGUAGUGGAGGUGGAGGUGGUUUAGAUUGUUUUGGUAAUAAUAAUCAAAGUUUUAGUUCUUCUUCUUCUUCACCCUCAUCAUCAUCUACAACAAUAUCAUCUUCACCAAAUAAUAAUUCGUCAUCAUCGUCAUCAAUACAAGAAUUUGAUGAAGUUUCAACUAUUGUAGCAUUAUCAUUAACAAUAAAUAAUGAGAAAAAGUAUGUUUUAAUUUUCGAUAAUAAAGAGGAUAGAAUUAAAUGGGUAAAUGCAAUUACAGCAGCAGUUGAGAAAUCAUAUACAUCUGGUAAUGCAUUGGCAGAGACAGUUGGAGGUGGUGAUGUUUUUCAAAGUAUAAAUAAUAAUAAUGAUAAGCAAGUGUUGGUAUCAGGUUGGAUGAGAAAAACUAAAGCAAACAAAUGGUGGGAGAAAAGAUUUUUCCAACUUACACAAAAUAGUUUAAUCUACUACAAAGAGGAUCCACCUCAGAAAACAUUGGGUUCAAUAUUUCUAUUGGUUUCAUCAUGUAGAAUUAUAAAACAAAAGAGUUUAGAUUCUUUGGAUUGGUGUUUUAGUAUAGCCGAUAGUAGAGGUGUAGAAUACUUUUUCAAUACAGAAACUUCCGAUCAAAUGGAACGUUGGAUUAAAGCAAUUAAAGUUGCUAGAAAAAAAAUGUUAUUAUCAUUAUUGGAUCAAGGUGGUAAAUUAAUCAUUCCAAUUACAAUUGGUAAGGAUUGUGGUUUAAUCACUGUUCAAACUAAAGAAUCAAUUCGUGUAAACUCUCUUUCUAAUAAAUUGGCAUUUGAAAUUCCAAUGCCAAAUGUAAAGUCAGUUUCAGUUUCAGGUGAUCAAAAAUUAGAUGUUUCUUUCUUACCUUUGGAUGGUGAAGUUUCUGAAAAAAAAGUGGAAUUUAUAACUCAAAAUCCACAUGGUGUAUUACAAUUAUUUAAAGAUUUAUUCUCUUCUCAAGAAAAUACUAUAAAUUAA